AUGCAGGUCGACUUUGGCGACGAGGCAGAGACGGAGCACAGUCUGCACCUGACAGCCAACGCCCACCAACACUACGAACACUCCGGGCCUGGCAGCGGGCCGGCCUACUCGCCUUUUCGGCACCCAGGCGGCGGUCGUGUACCAGCAAUCGAUCCGGGACUGGAGCAGAGCACAGGUGCCAGCCGCAAUGUGCACACGCCCAUGUCGGCGGUCCCCCAUCAGGCCCAGUCCAGUCAUCUACUUCAGCCCGAAAAUGCCAGUCACCUCGGCCACGGCUUCUAUGGCGACAUGCGCAGCUCCCAGACUCCCCCAGCGUCUGCGAAUGCCUCGCCGCGCUUCGCCCAAAUCUCCCCCACCAGCCAGCCGCGCCAGGUGACCUCGCACUUCGAGCCCGCCGACCGCGACACUCCAUCGCGCGACGUGUCCGACGACACCAUCGACCAUGCCUACGCGACCUUUAUCCUCUACUGCAACCCCAACUUCCCCACCACCAUCGACACGAGCGAACUCGUCAAGCUGUUUCGCACGCCGCCAAAGAGCGACGGAAACGCCUUCAGCACAUGGACCCUCUUCGAGCUGAUACGCAAGUUUGACGCCAAAGAAAUCAAAACAUGGACACAACUGGCCUUGGAUCUGGGAGUCAAGCCGCCAAACACGGAUGAAGGGCAAAGCACGCAGAAGGUGCAGCAGUACUCCGUCAGGCUAAAGCGAUGGAUGCGCGCCAUGCACAUCGACGCCUUCUUCGAGUACCUGCUGGGCAAGCAACACCCCUACUUUUUGCAAAUACCCCAUCCCCACAACCCAUUUCCGAGUGAAGGUCGUGAUGGGGUUCCUCUGGAGGAAGACCUGGCUAUCCGGGCUCUCGAUCCCAAGUUCAAACCCAAGCGCGGACGACGGAAAGCCGAAGAUGGGGAUGACGAUAUUGAUUUCGAUGAAGGCACACCAGCUCGUAAGCGCCCACAGUUGGACACGUCAAUACCGUUUGGCAACGUGCUGCAGCCCCAAUCAGCGUAUCCUACAAGCGCCCAUCCCAACAACAUCCACGGCGGCUUUCUCACACCUCAAGACCCAUGGACUUCAGUCUCAGCCGUCACGCCUUCUUCAGCUUUGACAGCAGCUUCAGCACCAAGUCGUCUAGGUCAGAGUAAUCUGACUCCGUAUUCAGAUUCUCCAAUGUCUGGACAGCAUAUACGGUGGCGACUAAACACGCAAGACACCCCUCAGACCCCUCACCCACUCUCCGCUGUAACCCCACAGUCUGCAUAUCCGUUCUUCGAUGAGCCCCAGUCUGCUGUCACCCCGUCCAGUGCGAGGUCGCGCUCUCGUCGACGUCACGGUCCUGCUGUGUCGUCGGCAUGGUCAGCCAGUAAUACCUCGUCCACUGGCAAGCUACGCGGUCGACCUCCACAAAACCGUUCAAUAAGAGACGGACCUUACACUACCUUCCCAGCCAACCCCAAAACGAAAGGACCACCCAUCGACCGCACACCAGGCAAUCUAACCCCCAUUGUUGAGCGCGCGCAAUCCGACCCCCCAGCUCCUGAGAACUCCUUCCGCUUCCCCCCAACCCCCGCAUCCGCCAUCUCGCCCUCCAAAAUGGAAGGCCAAUUCACAGGCGGCAUGCCCCAGAAACAACGCCUAAGUCUGCAAGUGCCACCAAACGUCGGAAACCCUGUUGUACGCCUCGUCACUCCAACCGUCCUCGUAAACGGCGAGGAAAACUCCUCCCCAGGCACGAAUCUAGGCCCCUCACCAAUAAGCGCCGCUUCAACCCAAGUCUCACCUGCCCAUCACCAAUAUGAGCAACAGAGUAUGUAUCAAAAACAACCCGAUAGACCGACACACCAGACAUACCACGGAGCACUUACGCCUUCGGAAACACCGGCGCAGACGAGACCGCCACCACCAACGCGCUCGCAGACUUCUCCAGCAGACAUUUCAACCGCCACAUCCCCACUGCCGGCUAUUGCACCCGAGACGAUCAACCGCGCUCUAGCCGCAGAACUGAUCCGCGCUCCACUAACCAACCGCCGCAAACGGUUGAGGGGCAACGAAGCGAAAACACUGGCUACAGCCAUCUUACAACCGCUCUACUCAAAACCCGCAUCUGGCCAUUCUUCCUCGACUUCUCCCGCGAACAGCAAGGUCAUGUCCGAUUCUGCUCUCGGUGUAGCUAUAGCGAGUUGUCUAGGUCUUACUUCUGCGGUUGGUGUGGGGAUUGGCGGACCGACAGGAGGCGUGCGGCGUGUAGAAUGUAUACGGUUCCGUGUUGGCGGAGAUGGGUACGAGUCACCUGUUGAUGACGAAGAUGAAGAGGGGGAGAGCCCGCGCGAUGGGACACGGAUUAAAGAGACAUUUGAUGUUUUCUUCGGGGUGAACUUUGGGGGUUUGGUGGGGGAGUGGGUUGUCAAGGGCCUUGAGAUAAGCAGUUCAGGGGAGGAGAUUGGUGAAGCUGUAGGAGAGAGUUCAAGAGCAAGUGAUGAGUUGGAAAGGAACGAGACGCCAGCGGCGUGGAAGACCAAGUUCCUCGACGCACAACGCAGAUUGUGGGAGAAGGAAGAGGAGGUCAAGAGUCUCAAGGAUAAGAUUCUUGAGGCUGUCUUGUAG